AUGGAUAUUUCGAAUAAAGUGUUGUUAUGUUUAUUAAAAACAUAUAUUCGAAUAAAUAAUAGAAAGAAAAUAAAUAAGUGUCUUGUUUUAUUAUUGAAAGAAAAGGGCUGUCGAAUAAAAUGCUUUAUGAGAACCGUGUCCAAUUACAAUGGAGUUAAAUUUCGAAGUCAUUUUCGUCUCUCAAGAUCUUCUGUUGAAAUUUUAUCUUCAAAAAUCAUUAAUAGGUAUGAAGGAAAUUAUAUAUUGGGUCAAAAACGCAUUUCUUUUUACAGAGCACUUCUCAUGACACUUUGGUACUUAUCAAAUAAUGAAACAUUUCGGCAGCUGGGUGAUCGCUUUGAUGUAGCAUGUGGAAAUGCUUGCAGGACAGUUCAUUAUCUUAUAGAUAUUAUAUGUACAGUGUGUGAUGAUUUUAUUAUUUGGCCAAAAGGAUCAAACUUAAUAAAUGUAGCAAAUAGUUUUAAUACAUUAAGGGUCAAUAAUUUUCCCAAUGUUAUUGGCACAAUUGAUGGAUGUCAUAUUUGA